UGAGCACUGUGACGCUGCAGAUCAUAAAAUGUAGCCGUAGUCGUGAUAGCCUAUAACAAAAAUAUUACGUAGAUUUCUCAUACAUGGGCGGUGCAGCCGUGUAGUUCCUCUAGUCUUGAACACACUUCUCUUUCAAAGCUAUUUUCUAUCGAGAUCAAGAACAAGUAAUUAGGAAAAUAAUUUUUUGAACUAUUGGAUCUAUCUUAUAAUAUUGUGCCCGAAGAUCAGGAAAAUGAGGUUCUCAUUAGUGGCAUGUCUAUUUUUUUUACACAUCUGUUGUCUGGCUGUGGGAAACGAUCGUUCUCCGAGGAUGAUAUUCACACAGAAAGAAGCUGCAAUGAAUCGGUUAAAUCUUCCUCGUGAUCCACCUGUGCAGAUUCUUCUAGAAGAGCAGCCGGACACUGUCUUAGCUGUUGGAAAAACAUACCUGAAUACCUACAACUUUCAAAACCAGAACAAGAAUCAUAUACGUAUGCAGUUGGAGAAUUGCAAGAGUGAUUGCAGCUAUAACAUCACUUUGGUCCACCUGAAGAAAGAUGCUAACCAGUUGUUUGUGUGUGAAAGGAGUAACGAUGAAACAGUUUGCUGUAACUCGAAUUUCACAGAGCAGCCACCGAUAUGCAAAGAGAGUUUAAUAAAAGAUAUAAGCAGAUUUAACAUAAAGGAGGGUGACCUGUCGGCCCUUGCAGAAUCUGAAACAAGUACAGAUCUCUACCUAACACACUCUGGAACUGAUGAACCUGAUGGCAUUCACAAAUUUGGUAAAGCAACAGUGCGGCCAAAGACCCACCAUAAAGAGCAGCAUUAUGUAGGAUUGGUGCUCAGCAAACGCAAAGAGGAUCCCUCCCAGAACAGAGUUUAUGGCUUCUAUAGGGAGAAAAGCAAAGACACUGGACUGUUCAGUGAAAUGUGGCUCCCCUUUGUGACCCAGGUUUGCAUGACAGAUGUUGGUGGUCCUAAGAACAACUUGCAGUAUACCUGGACAUCCCAGAUGAAUGCCAGGCUCUUCUGUGGAGAUCCUGAGAGAAAACAGCAUUUCUCUGAGCUGGUUGAUGUUUCCACUGUGGAUGCAGACCGAUGGCAGGAUACAAAGAUCUAUGCACUCUUUAGAAAUGAAUGGGGGAUGAGUGCUGUCUGUGUCUACACGAUUGAAGCCAUCAAUAACAUCUUCCAAAACUCUCCUUUCAAAGGCUACACAAAAGACCAAAUGGACAGACCAAGGAUGUGUGUUAAUGAUAGCACCAAGCUUCCAGUGGAAACCCUGAAGAAGAUUGACAAGUCGUCAGAGAUGGAGCAAUUGGUUCAUCCUGUGGGCAACUCUGGCGUUCUUCUCUUUAAUCAUCACAAGUAUACCCACAUCCAAGUUGACAGUAAACCAAACAACAGAAGUAGAAAUCAGAACGUCAUCUUCCUAUCUUUAAAUAAUGGAGGGAUUCAUAAGGUGCUGCACAAUGAAAGUCACACCUUUGUAAUUGCUGAGUAUCAACCAUUCAAACAAGAAGCACACAUUCUCAGCAUCAUCCUUCAGUCUACCUUUAAAAAGCUGUAUGUGAACAAUGGAAGUCAACUGGUCCAACUUGAUGUAGCAAACUGUUCCCAGUAUGGAGAAACCUGCCAGGACUGUAUGUUAUCCAGAGAUCCUUACUGUGGCUGGGAUGGCACAAAGUGCAUACGUGAGACAAAGGGGAGCUGGCAUGAUGCAGCCACUGGGGACCUUUCCAUCUGUAAUGGGCACAAUGCAUUAAAUUAUACACAGCGAGUCAGUAUCCCACAUCACUCAAAGUAUUUCCUUCAAUGCCCAGUGUCAUCCCGUCAUGCUCAGUACAGCUGGCAGCACGAUGAAAACUCUACAUCCUGUAGCUCUGGGAAAGAGCAGUGCCUUUAUCUGAUUGACAACAUGGACAGUGAGUGCAAGGGAACUUACAAAUGUAUAUCACAGGAGAUGGGUUACAGUAAAGUCCUGGUACAGUACGAACUACAGGUGGAGAACAACGCGAAGACCCAACAGUACAAACAACAGUGGCCGAAUAAGGCAGAGGGCCAAAAGUCAAGCCCAAUGAUCUGGGUUUGUCUAAUGAUGGUUCUGAUUAAGAGUUUGUCCUUUUAGUUCCUCAGUGAUGUAAGUUAGAGGCUGAAUCUGUGAUAAUCUAAAAUCUUAAAUUGGUUACAAUUAAUGUUUUUUCAGUGACAGUUAUUGUUUCUUUCCUUCCAUCAAUUAGCUGCACUUCCGACAUCUGUGUAAACAUCUGUAACAGCUGUGGCUCAGAUGGGUAAUGCAAGCCAUUCGCAUUGUUUGGUUUGGUUUUUCCAGUGCAAUAUACUCUCUGCAGUAUAUGUAGUUUUUUUAAACAAAUAAUGACCUUAUGAAUUGUAUGAAAAUGUAAACGUUCUUUUAACUCUUUCUUCACAAAUUGCUGAGAAGCCAUUGUUUUGAAAAGACUGCCAGUGUUUUAGAGCAUUUUUUAUUCAUGCACGUUUUGCAAUAUGAAACUUUCUAUUUCUAAUCUUUAGUGUUAUUGAUGUGCUGUGAAAAAAUAUUUGGCCCCUUCCUGAUUUUUUUAGGUUUUUGUGAAAAAGUAACUGGUUGUGCCAACCUUUGCAGCAAGAACUGAAAUCAAGUAACUGCAAUAAUUGGCAAUCACAUCACUGCAGAUAUAUUUUUGACCACUCUUUUUUGCAUAAUUGUUUUAAAUCAGACACAUUAUUUUGUGGAGUGGCCUUGAGCGAAUCAGAGAGGAAUUUGCUAGUGUGUUUCUGAUCAUUCUCCUGCUGCAUAACCCAAGUCCACCUGAGCUUCAGGUUACAAAUUUAUGGCCUUACAUUGUCCUUCAGGAUCCUCUGGUAGAGAGGUUCUGUUACGGCUAGUCAUCCAGGUCCCCAGACAAUCACACUUCCCACCACUAUUUUGUUUCUCAGCUGUGUCUUUAGAUUGUGGCAUGACGGGUUGCUUUAUGAGAUCUGUUAGCCUGCUUCACUUUGUCAGACAGGCUCUAUUUAAGUGAACUUUUGUCUAAAUUUUGUUUGAUGUUCUGAAACAUUUAAGUGUGAGAAAUAUGGAAGUGAAUACUUUUUCACGGCACUGAAUGUUACAUCCGUUUCCUGUAAUGUGAAAUUUUAUCUGAAUGUAUGUUUCGCACUUUAAAAAUUCCUUUCACGUCUGCUACCUCAAGCAAUGAGCUUUAGAUUUCAGAAGACUGAGACACUGUUUCAGUAAAAACAUUCACACAUCUUUUUGUCAAUAGCAGCUGUUGCUGAAGGUGUUUCUGCAUCAACACAUGUUUUUUUUUUGGCCCUCAGGUUUCAAAUUGCAAAUAAGUUGCUGCACUGCCAAAUAGUUGAGCUAACAGUGCAAAGUACAAAUGCCAAAUUUAUUUUAUUAGAUCUGUUGUUCUGUGACACCUAGCAAAGUACAGGAGAGAAUACAGUGUGUUAUUGAAUUCAUGCUGUACUGCAAAAUUACCAAAAUACUCACUUUCUGAUUUCUAAUUUGGCCCAACAAAGCAAGCUUUUCCACAUUUAGUAAUCGCAGGCCAUAAAUUCAUUAUUUGCAGUUAAUUAUAUUUCAUUUGUUUGUUUUUAUCUUUUUUUUAUUUAUUUUUUUGAUCCGUGGUUUUAUCUUGCUUAUUUUAAACCUGCACUUCAGUCGGCCUUGUUACCUUUAAACAUGCCAACCUUAAUGAAAUUGACCACUGGGUGGAUGGAUGUGUGGGGCUGUGUGUAGAUGGAGGUUGUGAAUGCAGUGUAUGGUUGUGUCCGUGGUUGUGUCCGUGGUUGUGUGUGUUUUCAUGCAAAUUUUUUCGUAAUUUAUUCAGUACAGAAUUUCACUUUUGAACUUUGAGCUUUUGAACUGAUCUGUACAUUUUUAAAAACAUACAUAAGCAAAUGUUAUAUUCUGUAUAUAGUUUUUCCAUCUCCAUAUAAGGAUAAUUCUAUUUUUAUGCUGUAGCUUCCUUCCUUUUUUUAUAUCGAGUUUAGUUUGUCAAAACCAGACUAAAUCACAACUUUAAAAAGAGAAUAGCUGCCACCAUGAAUCAUUUCCAUGUUUCAGUCUCAGAGGAACUGUGAUAUUUAGCUUCCUUAAAACAUACCUGUAUGGAAAAAACACACACACACACACACACACACACACACACACACACACACACACACACACACACACACAGUUUAGAAGUGAUCAACUUUUAUACCACAAGUUG